AUGGGACAAAUCUUCCCAAGUCUCACGUCGCAUGGCGCAAAGGAUAACAGAAAUGACGAACUACACCGGAUUAUAAAUCAAAAUUUAAUUAUGUCAUCGUCGUCGGUUAUGCCCGGCUCCCCACUAACAUCAACUGGACUGAUAUCAUCAUCAUUGUCAUCAUCUGCGUCAGAUAUGCCCUAUCCUCCGUCAUCUAUUUCAGCAUCUUCAUCACAGUAUCAACACACAAGUGGCAGCAGCAUAAAAGGUUUUGAUUCAUCCAAUGUGAUCGAUGAACAACAACAGAAACAGGAACAACAUUUCAGCAGUCGACAAUUAGGCAGAGACACAAUAGCGCAACGCCCAACACAUAAAAUGCUGGGAGUUGGCAACAUUGGAGACGGUAAUGCUGAGAACCAACUUGAUGCGUCUGGUGAGAGUGCGGAUGUGUUUAAUAGUGCACCCAUGUAUUUUGGUACUGAAAAUUCUACAGUGGUGUCGACUCAAAUCGGUGCCACAGCACAUAUACCCUGCACAGUACAUCAUAUCGGUGAUGGUGUGGUAUCCUGGAUAAGAAAAAAAGACUAUCACCUACUGACAGUUGGUUUAACCACAUACAGCAGUGAUGAGCGCUUUAGUGCAACGCAUUUAAAACACUCUGAGGAUUGGACGCUGCAAAUAAAAUUUGUGCAACUACGUGACGCUGGCGUCUACGAGUGUCAAGUAUCAACCCAUCCGCCCACAUCAAUAUUUUUACAUUUGAAUGUUGUUGGUGAGUAUCAGUGUUGGAUGAAUGCAUUCACAUAA